AUGGGGCGGCGAGGGCUCGCCGGCUGCCUCGCGGAGCCCUGUGGAGAAGGCGAGGUCUGUGCCGGGAGCACCUGCUGCGUGGGGGAACCGGGUCGUGGCUUCUCCUGCCGCUGCGGCCAUGGUUUCAUCGCGGUGCCUUUCAACGGCUCCUUCUACACCUGCUACGACGUGGACGAAUGUGCGAUCGUCCCGGGGCCCUGCGGUCCCAACGCCACCUGCAUCAACGAGCCCGGCUCCUACUCCUGCAUCUGCCCACCAGGCUACAGCGGUCCCAGCUGUGGAGAGCGGAUUUUCGUCUGCGAAUACCGAACACGGCAGAAUGAGGCCCUCCAGAGGCGCUGCAGGCGCUUGGCCCCGGGGGACGACCUGAGCAACUUGUGCCGCGUGCUCAACGCAACGGCCCAGCAGCUGCAGGCGGCCUGCGGCAGCGGCGCUGGUGACCACGAGGGUGACAUCAAGCUGCAGGAGACCCUCGCCCCGCUCUUCAACGUGACGGCCCAGCUGCAGAGCCAGCACCGCCCCGAGGCCGUCGCCGCGGCCCAGCUGCUGCUGCACACCGCCGAGGUGCUCGUCCUGCAAGACGCCGUGCGCAGAGGCCGGGCCCGGCCCCAGUCCUUCACCAUGGACACCUUGAGCGCCAUGACCCAGCUGGUCACCGACGGCUGCCCCUUGGCCGGCCACGUCGUGGAGCUGACGGUCAGCAACAACUCCAUGAGCAUCCACUGCCAUGCGGUGCUCACCGACGUCAAGAAAGGCACCGGCGCCGUGGCCUUCAUCACCUACAGCGAGCUGGAGACGGUGCUCAGCGUCAGCAGCGCCGAGGAGGGGACGCCGCCAGGACGCCUCAACUCCCACGUGGUCAGCUGCACCGUGGGCAAGCCUGUGAACUUCUCCGAACCCUUCAACUUCACCCUGUGGCACAAGACGGAGCAGCGCAAGGAUGAGGAGGCGCGCUGCGUGUCCUGGCAGUCGGCGGGCGCCCGCUGGUCGGAGCAGGGCUGCAAGCGCCUGGCGGGGAACCGGCUCUACACCACCUGCAGCUGCUGGCAUCUCUCCAGCUUUGCCAUCCUCAUGGCAGUCACCGACGUCGAGGUAGGCUUCGCCCUGAAAUUGGUCACCUACGUGGGGCUGUCGCUCUCAGUGUUCUGCCUCUUCCUCGCCAUCCUCACCUUCCUCCUGUGCCGCUCCCUCUGGAACGUGAGCGUCGCCCUCCACCUGCAGCUCAGUAUCUGCCUCUUCGUGGCUGACAUCCUCUUCCUCACGGCCACGGACCACAUCAGGAAUCAGCUGGCAUGUGCCAUCACGGCUGGCCUCCUCCACUACAUCUUCCUCGCCUGCUUCACCUGGAUGUUCCUGGAGGGCUUGCACCUCUUCCUCACCGUCAGGAAUCUGCGUGUGGUCAACUACACCAGUGCCAGCCGCUUCAAGAAGAGAUACAUGUACCCCACGGGCUAUGGUGUGCCAGCCCUGGUGGUCGCAGUCUCCCUCGCCAUCAACCCCAGCGGCUACGGGACCAACAAGCACUGCUGGCUGACCACAAAGGGAGGAUUUGUAUGGAGCUUCAUUGGCCCAGUCUGCGCCAUUAUCCUGGCUAAUCUGAUGUUUUUCCUCACCACUCUCUGGAUCCUGCGGGACAAGCUGUCCACCCUCAACAAGGAUGUCUCCUCUCUCAAAAGCACGAGGAUGCUGACGUUCAAGGCUCUUGCCCAUGUCCUCAUCCUGGGCUGCACGUGGGGCGUGGGCUUGCUGCAGAUGCACUCCAACGCCCUGCUUGUGGCCUUCCUCUUCACCGGCCUCAACAGCCUCCAAGGAGUCUUCAUCUUUGUCGUGCACUGCCUUCUCAACCGGCAGGUGACGGAGCAGUACCGGCAAUGGCUACAGGCCCUCAGCCCCAAAGCAGAAACCACGGAGCUGACGAUGACGUCGACGAACGUCACCUCCACCAUGAGCCCAAUUAGCUUCCUGCCAGCCUUUGAUUGA